UCUUUCAAUAUUCUCCUAUGCUGCUUCUCUUUCAGAUAGUGUGAUGUAGCGAAUAGGAAGAGCUUGUGAAUUUAUAGUUGUAAAUACCCCAGGAUCACUUAAGGUAACUUAAGCGAGAAGGUUUUUCAUCUUUUACAACUACAAGUCAGACCCGCGUUUCGUUUCUGGUAGGUUUCUACCUAAAUUUCAAGGAGUUUUCUGGAUUGUAAAAGUGCCCUGCACAAACUUCUUUGCAGUGUUGAUGACACAUUGCAGCUCAUAUGCAAGAUCUACAUCUAGUCUAGCUCUUGAAAACGAGUGACAUGAUUAAGAGGAAAUGAGUGCAAUCGUCAUGGACCAUGACCAAAGCUCAUCAUUAGCCCAUUAGCAUCCAACUCCCAUAGUAAUUUCUCCCUUAUGGGCCAUGUUACUAGUUUCUUUUCUUUUCUUUCCGACUUUUACUUAACUUGCCCUUUUUUUUUCCCUCUUUUCUGGUGUAGCUUAAUAAAAGUAGGCUCUUGUUUUGAGAUGCUCACAUUGCAUCUACUUUGUUUUUCCUAUGCUUUGCAUAAAGAUAUAAGCAUUAGAUUCUAAUACUAUUUAUGAUAAGUUUCAAAUAUAUUUUGUUGUUAUUUAAUUAUUUAGAAGAUAUUAUUACAUACUAAAUUUGUAUUGAAAUUGUUAUCAGCAUAUUAAUUUCAACGUAAAUAUUUGAACUUGAGGUUGAAAUAAUAAGUAAAAAAAUUAGCAUAGGCAACGUAGUUUAGAGAGGGUCAUAGCCUCAUAGAUGAGCGAGACUAGCAAAGAUGGGCUGGGCCGGAAUGCCGGCUGUGCAGCACUCUUGUCUCUGGCUGCGAGCGGAUAACGUUUUUGUAAUGUUUACAACCGGCACUGGUGAUAGUGUAGUAUGCUUUUUGAGUUUAGACUGGACUGGAGUCUAUUUUCCUAACAAGAAAACGUCAAUAAUCCACAGCCAGUCUGCCAGCCAUGGUUUCAUUUUGAAUUCUAAAGUCCAAUGGCAGCCUCAUCCGUUCCCCUUCAUAACGUCGGUGGGUGCUUCAGCUAUCCCCGCCGGGAAAGGGAAUAUCAUCAUGGUCGUGGGUGGUCACCCCCACCAAGAGCCAGGUAUCCUUUCAGACCCAUUAAUGCUUCAGUGGAAACUCCUUUUCCACUCUUUCAGCCUCCCCCACUUCAGCAAUCUCCCUCUCAGCUGGAGCCUGCCGACCCUGAUUUCUACAAGAUUGGUUAUGUUCGAAGCAUGAGAGCUUAUGGAAUAGAGUUUAAGGAAGGACCUGACGGUUUUGGAGUCUAUGCCUCCAAAGAUGUUGAGCCUCUUCGUCGUGCCAGAGUUAUCAUGGAAAUACCUUUAGAAUUGAUGUUGACAAUAAGGCAGAAGCAGCCAUGGAUGUUUUUCCCCGAUGUAGUGCCAAUAGGUCAUCCCAUAUUUGAUAUCAUAAACUCAACCAAUCCUGAGACAGAUUGGGAUCUGAGAUUGGCAUGCCUUCUUUUGUAUGCAUUUGAUAGGGAUGAUAACUUUUGGCAACUAUAUGGUGACUUCUUACCUAGUGCAGAUGAGUGCACUAGCUUGCUUCUUGCUACAGAGGAUGACCUCUCAGAACUUCAGGAUCCUGGUCUUGCUUCAACUAUGAGAAACAAACAACAAAGAGCAUUAGAAUUUUGGGAAAAGAACUGGCAUUCUGGAGUUCCCCUGAAAAUAAAGCGCCUUGCUCGUGAUGCUGAGAGAUUCAUUUGGGCUGUUAGCAUUGCACAGUCUCGGUGCAUUAACAUGCAAGUUAGGAUUGGUGCACUAGUUCAAGAUGCAAAUAUGCUAAUUCCUUAUGCUGAUAUGCUAAAUCAUUCAUUUCAGCCAAAUUGUUUUCUCCACUGGCGUUUUAAGGAUCGCAUGGUUGAGGUGAUGAUAAAUGCUGGACAGAGGAUUAAAAAAGGAGACGAGAUGACAAUCAAUUAUCUGAAUGGACAGCAGAAUCAUAUGCUCAUGCAACGAUAUGGCUUCUCUUCAGCUGUGAACCCUUGGGAUUUAAUACCAUUCUCUGGAAAUGCACAUAUUCACUUGGAUUCUUUCUUGUCAGUCUUCAAUAUAUCUGGUCUUCCUGAAGAGUAUUAUCAUAACAGUCAGUUAGCAGAUAAUGGAGAUAAUUUUGUCGAUGGGGCAGUCAUAGCCGCCGCACGAACAUUGCCCACAUGGUCAGAUGGUGAUGUUCCUCCAAUCCCUAGCAUAGAAAGGAAAGCUGUGAAGGAGUUACAGGAAGAAUGUCGGCAGAUGCUUGCACAGUUUCCUACAACUUCUGAGCAAGACCAGAAGUUUCUAGAUUCUAUGCCGGAAGCAAGGAGGACGCUUGGAACUGCAAUUAAGUGCAGACUGCACCGGAAAUUGUUCAUGGAGAAGGUCAUCCAGGCAUUGGACAUCUAUCAAGAGCGAAUAUUGUUUUAAAUGAAUUUCGACUUCAUAGGAUCGUAGACAGUUUUGUUCAAUAGCCAAUGUCAAAAAGCCAAUAAAAUGCUAAUUUAAAAAGAAUGAUGAGCAGUUGGGAAAUUUUGUGAAUGCAGAAAUUAUUAAGUCAAUAUAUCCAAAAGAUAAGAUCCAUUCGGAAAAAAGCGGGAAGGAGAAGGACGUGGCCGUGUGGGGGCCACCUGGGAUUCGGGUGGGUCCACUCUUCUAAUCCAAGGUGCAAAAAUAUCCAAAUGAGUUAGGCGUUAUAAAGUGGAAUUCAGUAUCA